AUGUCCCACAAACCCGCUGAGAAGGCGGAGGAGCCCGGGCUCGAUGAGCGGCAGGAAGAGGAGGAGGAAAGCGACGAGUACGACGUCGAGGACGACGACGACGACGGUGAGGGCGAAGAUGAGGGCGAGGAGGACGAAGACGAGGAAGACGAGACCGAGGCAGUGGUGCGUGUUGCGCUCGCGGCCGCCGUCUUCGCGAUGGGAGUCUGCAUAUUCACGUCGGCCCGCGUCACGCAGCCGCACAACCCUGCAGCCCAGCAGGCGAGCCUGACCGCGAUGCUCCUUGGCGCACAGGCGCUCCGGGCCGCGAAUGGGGACUACGAGGAAGACGACGAGGACGACGGGGAGUACGAGGAUGCGCCGGUGGGCAUGAGCGCGACGUCGUCCGUCGCGGGCGCGAAGCGGAGCCGGGAGGAGGAUGAGGACGUCGAGGCGGGGCUCGCGGGCGAAGACGGUGCGCUCGAGGCGGCGGAGGAGGGCGUGGCGAAGAAGGCGCGGACCAUCGCGGCGGCGGACGAGGACGAGGGGGCGGACGAGGUUUGA